GUGGAGUCAUAUCUGGUUGCACAACAGAUUUGCUGUUGAGAUUACCAACUGAUAACAUAUACAACAUGCCACAUAUUGAGUAGCCUAGAUAUUGUUUCAAUGCCAAACACAUGGAUGUAAUGAUAAUGUCAGAAUUUUCGCUCGAUGAUGCCUUAUCUGGUCAAGGAAAUGCAGGUAACCUGAGAUCGGAUCAACAAGGCAAUCCAGGCCAAAACUGGAAUAACCCCUGGGGAGGCCAAAACCCUGGAGCGCAGGGCUUUCCUGGUCAGCCAUACCCAGGAAACCCUGCGCCAGGACAAGGUCAGCAGCUUCCAGGAUACCCAGCACCAGGACAAGGCCCACAGUAUCCUGGAUACCCUGCACCCGGACAAGGCACACAGUAUCCUGGAUACCCUGCACCCGUACAAGGCCAGCAGUAUCCAGGAUUCCCACCUGGAGGCCAGCAAUACCCAGGAGUUCCCCCAGCGGGCGGCCAACAAUACCCAGGAGGAUAUCCAGGUUUCCCAGGGCCAGGACAAUCAUACCCAGGGGCUCCUACCCCAGGACAAGGGACUACUGAUCCAAAACAAUCAGUACCUUCAGUACCUUCUGGUCCACAGAGAGUUCCAUGUACCAUACCUCUUCCUGGAGGAUGUGUAAAAGGAAUGUGUCUUGAAAUUGAAGGAAUACCAAAUGGCAAGAGGUUUUCUAUUGACUAUAAAGUAGGAAAUGACAUAGCUUUACAUGUAAAUCCCCGUUUUGAUGAACACCCUAAUGUAAUUGUGCGCAAUUCAUUUAUUGGUGGUAAAUGGGGAAAUGAGGAGCGACAAUGCCCAAAGUUUCCAUUCCAGCAAGGAAAACCAUUCAAGCUUCAAGUUCUCUUUCAACCAGACUGCUAUAAAGUGGCUGUGAACAAUGAGAACCUCUGCCAGUUCAAGCACAGGAUUACCAACUUCUCUGGGAUUAAUUGUAUACACGUUGACGGUGCCCUGACCAUCUCCGGGGCAAGGAUAACUAUGGUGUAAUGUGUAAAGAUUUCCAUAAAAAGGUAUCCGGCAAC